AUGCAAGACAUCUCCACCGCGCUCGCGACGCCCGAGGCACUCGACGACUACAUGCCUGGCGUUCUCGAAGAGAAGUCGCUGCUCUCCAUGACGCACCUGUGGGACGCCUCCACCUGGGCACGGCACAAGAGCAGACACCGCUGGGCGCACAUGCUCGUCGCUUGGCCGCACUCGAGCAUCCUCCGCGCGAUUCGCCUCCCGCUCGGCGUCAUCCUCCUCGUCACGCUCGCGGUGCUGCAGAUCAACGCCCUUCUGGCCGAGGCAGGCCGCCCGCGCCUCACCCUUCCCCUCGCGCCGCUCUCGCUCCAAGCGUCCUCGCUCGGCCUGCUCCUCGUCUUCCGCAACAAUCAGACGCACGAGCGGCUCAAGGAGGCGCAAAAGGCGAUGGGCGGGCUGGGCGCGCUCGCCCGGGAGAUCAUGCAGCUGCUGGUAGUGCACGUGCCUCCGGAGAAGGGGCGCGCCGUCGCCCUCGCCGCGCGGCUGCUCGCGCUCUUUGGCUGGGCGCUCAAGAUGCAGUGCCGGAACGAGCCGGAGCGGCUGUACCCGAUCGCCGAGGUGCUGCUGCCUCGCGCGCACUCGUGGCUGCUCUCGCGGCCGCACCGGCCGGGCACGGUGCUGCUGCGGCUGCGGGCGGUGGUGGGGGAGCUGCGCAAGGACGGGCUGCUGAGCAGUGACGCGUUCAAGUUCAUCGAGGAGCGGCUCGCCAAGCUCUCCGCCGCGGACGCCGCGUGCGUGCGGCUUGCCACCUUCCCGGUGCCGCCGUCGUACCACAGGCACGGCUCGCGCGCAAUCGUCCUCUGGCUCGGCUCGCUGCCCUUCGUGAUGGAGGGGCUAGGCUGCCACCCGCUGCAGACGGCGGUGGCGAUCGCCAUCGAGGUUGAGCAGCCGCUCGACGUGCUGCCGCUGCACGAGUUUGCGCGAGGCAUGUCCAACGACGUGCACGACGUGCUCGAGGCUUGGACGACCAUGCCGGCCGUCCCGCGCGCUUGCGACGACUACUCCGACCUCGGCAAGGAGUCGUACCUCGGCUCGGGACGCUCCUCGUCCGCGCGCGGCUCGACCGCCGCGGUGGACAAGAAGGAGCGGUAG